CGCGCGGAAUUGGAUGCUGUCCGGGCUUUAAAAUUGGAUUUAUGUGGAACUUACUUGAGCAUGAAAGAGAACAGUAAGGAAACCAAGGCCUUUGAGGGUUUGUUGCAGUUGAAUGGAUCUAACAGUUUAUCAAAAAUAUUUAUUUUUAAAGGUUAUAAUUUUUCACAUUUUGCUUUUAAUUUUUUGCAAGCCUUCCAUAAUUGGUUACGGGAAUUAUAUAGGUUAAAUGAUACCACAUUUUGGUGACAUAACUCAGAGACCUUGCUGCAAAACGUUUGUCCCAUUGUAGCCUAAAGAGACAAGCUGUUGAUCCCUGAAGGUGUUUAGUAACACACAUUAUUUACAAGCCAGCAAGGAUACCCACAUAAGCUCUACUGAGGUCCUCCACAACACUGAGAUAAAAUUGGGAGAACUGGGAGAACUGGGAGUCCUAACGGCACAUAGUAGCAGGUGUAGAAGUCCAGAACCUCUCCCCAUUAUUUUUGUACUCCACCUCUUCCUCCUCCCAGCAUCCCUAAUAAGAUACAUGCUCCUGGGCAGGGGCUCUCACUCACACCAGGCUCUCCUGGCUGCUGCUGCUGCUGCUAUGGGCUACGAGCUCCGUCCAGCUGUGGUCGGCUUUGUGGGUUGAAGGGCUGCUUGCUCUCUGGUGACAGGAUCCUCUCACUAUGUCUAUUCAUGCCUGAGCACCACACCACACCACACCACCUUUUCCACAUCCUCCUCAGCCUCAUUCAGUCAUGGCUUGUGUCCUGGACAUGUUUGCACUUGUGACUGCUGUAGCCUGUACUCAAGGGAGUGACAGCCACAGCUGGCAGUAGACUGCCCCAGCAUCGCAGCAGCUGCAGUGCUCCACCUGCCCCAGCGCGGAAGUAGGGGGCACCCGCCAGAUCCGACUGCCUGCGGGGAGACCCAGCGUGGCUGAGCAGCAGGGACUAUGCAGCUGGGACUGGUGGCGCUGGCGGCGAUCUUCCUCAGCUCCAUGGGUCACGGCGACAACCUCAAGGUCUCCAGAGGAAGGAGGCAGAGACAGACAAGCACGGAUGGACCGGCAUCUUGCUCCAGUGGCUGUGAAAGCUGCUCAGAAUACAAUGGAUGCACAAAAUGCCGUCCACGCCUUUUUAUCCUUUUGGAGAGGAAUGACAUUCGUCAGACAGGGGUGUGCCUCGCCACCUGUCCUGUAGGAUAUUAUGGCAUUCGAAAUCGUGAUGUGAACAGGUGCACACAAUGCAAGAUCGAAAACUGUGUAGACUGCUUUAGUCGAACAUUUUGUGCAAAAUGUAAGGAAGGUUUAUAUUCACACAGUGGCCGGUGUUACCACAGCUGCCCAGAAGGCUUAAGUACCAUCAACAGCACAAUGGAAUGUGCAGUACAAUGUGAGCUGGGUGAAUGGAGUCAGUGGGGCCCUUGCAUGAAGAAAAACAAAAUCUGUGGUUUCAAAAAGGGCAACCAGAGCCGCAGGAGGCAGCCCAUGCAGGCUCCUAGCCCAGCCACUGUCACUGGGGCUGCGUCCUCCACCUGUGCUCCUGAGACUGAGAUCCAGAGGUGCAGCUUGCCAAAGAGGAUCCCAUGUGGAAAAGGAGAAAAGGGUCCUCCAAAGAACCGAGGAGCAUCAAAUGGCAAAAGCCGUGGCCGAGACUCCAAGGAGAGUGGCAAAGGGGGUGGCAAGAGGAAAAAUACCCAUAGCCCAGCAAGCACUAUUAGACCCACUACAACAAGCACCACGACUUAGCCUUGCAGCAGCAGCGGGCGGGGCUACAGACCAGGAACAGCGUCGAGCGCCCCCAGAUGACUGCCGGGUUUCUCCAUUCAACAGGGACAGUGUCAAAGUGAUGCUGAAGAGGAACAACGCUGCUGAUUAUUGAUGGAAAUGCUGAAAGAGAACUGGAGGACUACUGCAAUAAAUAAUGAUGUCUAUGUACUGUAUACAUCUAGGCAAGGAGUAGCAAGAAGGCAUUUUGGUUGUGCAGUUGGAAGCACUUUUGAAAGGCCGUGCUUGUGAAAGGUCGGCCCUCCGUCCAUGUGCCCGUAAGGAAGGUUUAGUGGGUGAAAUGUUUUGAUCCCGCUCUUGUAUCUAACUGAAGCGUCUUCCUCCUCAUGUUUAACAGUCAAUUUCUGUUGGCAUGUUUUCCUUAUGACAAACAAUUCGUUUUCCUACUCCGGUGUUGGCUGUGUUUACUUUUGGAAUAAGUACGGAACAAAAGUAGGCAUGGGAAAAAUCAACACUAUCAAGACACUUUAGUUUUUUAUUUCUAUUUUAUGAUGAAACAAAAAAAGUCACUGGAACUAAUGAGUGGUUUAGUGAAAGAGAAGAACAAAGCUUUUAUCAUUGUUGUGACAGUCUGAUUCAAAAUCAGUUGAAACAUUCAUCAUCAGUCAGACAAGUUUUCUAUUUCAGUUCACUCUGGCUACCUAUAUUUACUGGCCAAUCAAACUAAAACACAGUAAUCUGCAAAGUAACGACAGAAUGUAAAAGGUAUGUUUGAGAAAUAUGUGAUCUAUGCUUGAGUUUGUGUGUCUUUGUUUAUGUCUUUGUUUUCAUAGGUUCAGGAGGAAAAGAGAUGAAGCUCGUUUGAAUGUUCAGAAUGAUUUGUGAGGAAAUGCAGAUGUACAUGUGACCAGGCCAGAGAAAAAGGAUACAUUGCAGCAGCACAGAUAGGCUUCAUAUAAAGUACAGCAAUCUACAUACUAUAUGGCGGGACAGUUAUUUUACCUAUAUGUUUGCAACAGGGUCAGAUAUAUUUAGCAAGUAAUCCAUAACAUCCAGCAGUAUACAGCAGUUGCAGAGAAUACAUCAUUCUAUCAUACAUCAUUCUAUCAUACAAGUGAUGCAAUAGGACUUUCAUUGACUUUUUUGUAGCAUUUUCUUGGUCUUUUUGCUUAACACAAAAAUAUUUGCUUCCUUAGUAGAUUUUCAUAAUGGACAUUUGUGAUGAGGAUUCUAACGCUGAAAUUGUCAUCUUCAGUUAUAUUGAUCCUGAUUACUUCAUUAAUACAAUAUUCUUUGUUAUUGUAUAUUUUAUUAUUUGAAACUCAUGCAUAAAAUAAAAUUACUUGUCAUCUA